AAUAAAAACGACUUCUCAGGAAGAGUUUGAAAAUUUCAAGAUUGUGAAAUUUUAAAUCGGCACUAAAAUGGCCACAAUUUUUAAAUGACCGGCCAUUUUGAAAAUCGACUUUCGAGCAGAACUUCUACCCUCAUUGACUGUAUGUGUACAAAAUAUGAACAAAAUCAGGCCAAUGGUAUUUGAGUUAUUGCCCGGACAGACAGAUGUUUGUACGGACGGAGGCGUUCCCUAUAUCCCUCCGAACUUUGUUCGAUGGGAUAAUAAUUCAAAGGUGUUGCACAAGAUCUUCAGAACAUUACCUACUGUAACAGUAGUUGAAAGCUGCAUUGAACCCAAGGAGCAGUUUUACUGGAAUUAUGAUAACAAAAAAUGGCAAUCUAAAUUAUCAGUGAAUAAAAUUUCUAGAAAUGUAAAUUGUAAUCUUGACUAUAAUAAUCUAGGUACAUUGAUGUACUUUUAUUGCAUAACUGAAAAUGU